UUAACUUAUAAUAACAAAGGCGUACUAUAAAUUAAUUUUUAUAUCUUUAUUCAAAGUAUAUAAGGUAAAGUUUUGGACUUAAUUAUUUCAUUGUUAAACAGUUAAAACAAAACUUGGAUUUCUAUAAUGGUUGAAUUAUAUGAUUCACCAGUUUCAACUGAAAUCCCAGAUUCUCCAACUAUUAUUAAGAAGAAAGUUAAAAAAGAUAAAAAACUAAAAAAGGAGAAAAAAGCAAAAAAGGAGAAAUCUGAAAUCCCCCAAAUCGCAACCAGCGGAGAAGCUGAACCACCAAAGAAAAAACGAAAGACUUCGAAAAAAGGAAAAAGUGAGCCAGAUGUUAAAGCAGAGGAUGGAACCAACGUAGAUAUUGACGACCAAUCACCUGAAGCACUCGGUGAUUUUAAUAACUUUCGAAUAACUGAACAAACCAAGGUUUUAUUGAAGAAGAAAGGAGUGGCGUAUCUAUUCCCCAUCCAAAUCCAAUCCUUCAAUCAUGUUUAUGACGGGAAAGAUGUCGUGGCACAAGCACGUACUGGAACUGGGAAAACACUUUCAUUCGCGAUUCCCCUUGUUGAAAAAUUGAUCAUGAAUAGAUGUAAAGAUUAUGGAAGACCUCCAAAGGUUUUGGUGAUGGCACCAACAAGAGAGCUAGCAAUUCAAGUUCGCAAAGAUUUCCAAGAUAUUUCACAAGGAUUGUCAUCAGUUUGUAUUUAUGGGGGAACUCCAUAUUUUCAACAAGAGAGAUCAAUGCGUGGGGGGGUGGAUAUUGUGGUUGGAACUCCUGGGAGGAUAAUGGACCAUGUUCAGAAAGGAAAUUUACAAUUAGGAUCAGUUGAACACGUUGUAUUAGAUGAAGUUGACCAAAUGUUGGACAUGGGGUUUGCUCCCAAGGUUGAAGAAAUAUUAGGUUACGCGUAUACAGAAGAGAGAGAAGGCCCGCCUCAAACCUUAUUAUUCUCGGCCACUUGCCCCCCAUGGGUCCGUAACACAUCGCGUAAAUACAUGAGACCAAGUGAAACAGUUCAUGUUGAUACUAUCGGGAAGUCUCUCGUUCGAACAGCGACGACGGUUGAACAUCUUGCCAUUAGGUGUCAGUACAGCGACAGAGCAGAAUGCAUCGGUAAUGUUGUACAAAUGUACAGCGGGCAGCAUGGUCGUGCCAUGAUAUUCACUGACACCAAGAAAGACGCGAACGAACUGGUUGUAUGCGAGGCACUACAACAGCAGAAAGCACAAGUAUUACAUGGGGAUAUUGAACAGAGACAACGAGAGAUAACACUAAAGGCAUACAGGGAUGGCACGGUUCGGUGUUUAGUUGCCACCAAUGUUGCGGCACGUGGCCUUGACAUCCCAGAGAUUGACCUCGUUAUACAAACAAGCCCUCCUUCUGACAUCGACUCAUACAUCCAUAGAUCAGGUCGUACAGGUCGCGCUGGAAGGACAGGGGUUUGUGUUUGUUUCUAUAAACCUCGUGAAGAUAUGAUGAUAAAGAAAGUUGAAAGAGUUGCCGGGAUCAAAUUCAAGAUGGUUGGCCCACCACAACCAAAAGAUAUUGUGAAAGCCUCAGUUAACGAUGCCAUUGCUUCGCUUGAUCUCGUGGAUAAGAAGAUCACAGCUGAGUUCAUGAAACAUGCAGAACAAGUUGCCUCUAAUCAUGCAGGAGGAGCAAUGGAAGCAUUAGCGAGUGCCCUUGCUUAUAUGGCAGGUGCAUCGGAUCUAAAGUCAAGAUCGCUAUUGAAUGCACAAGCUGACUUCACAACCUGGCAUCUACAAACACAAUACGAAAUACGAUUCGCUGGCUUCGUGUUUUCAACUAUGGAGCAAAUCUUGGGUAAACAUAUUCGGGACAAGAUUGUUGGAAUGAGGCUUACUGCGGAUAAACUGGGAGCAGUGUUUGACCUCCCCAAUGAAUGUACGGAGGAAAUUGAUCAAAGUUGGGAGGAUUCCCCAACCCUCACCCUUAAGCCAUGUGAUGAUCUCCCCGAGUUAACAGAGAGGUUGGAUUCGAAUCGGUCAAAUAACCGGAGUUUUGGGGGAGGAAGGCGCGGGGGUUUUGGCAGAGGAGGUGGUGAUGGGGGGUCCAGAAGUUUUGGAAGAUCAGCGGGGAGAAAUGGGGGUUUUAAAAGAAGAUACGGCCAAAGAUGAUCAUAAUCUAUUCAUUCCAAUUCUAGUAAAAGAUAGUUGAUUUCUAUUUAUUAUCUUGUUACCUGAAAAUACAACGGAACCGGGAAAUUUG